AUGGCAGCUACAGCUCCCCCAGCCCCACUCCAAACUGCUUUGCCAUACGGCAACAGCUUCCAACACCCGGCGUCGCGACUUCAACAGCUACCUCGAUCAACAACCUCUCGAUCUCUUUCCAACCAUGCAUCCCCAAAUACAGCUGCCGCAGCACCCACAUUUAAUACUGGUCUAUUCCCGAUGUCAAGGCCACGAUCCUUUUCCAUUGGAGACAGCUCCGACGACGAUUUUCCCGAGCCCAUUAAAUUUAGCGCAUCCGUCAAGGCACUUCUGGGAGAGGAAGACGGAUCGAACAUUGACGCCUCCCCGCGCACUGGAGGCUGCAUAAAUAAAUCGCCAAAAGAAGGCAUCAGCGUGAAUGGCGAACAACACCGGACUUUGCUAGUUCGAAAACCACAAGAGAGACAAGUACGGAUUGCGUCGCCAAGGGAACGUGAUCUGGGAAGCCCACCUCCUAGGGUCGUGAGGGUGAAUUCGCCUCGACUUUCACAAAGCGGCUUAGGUAGAGACAGUCCCCAAUUGGUGCAGAAGGAUGAAAAUUCGUCCGAUGGCCAACAACAACAACAACACCAUCAUGGUAAUGAUUUCAUUACGCCUGCUGCCACUCGAACCAGAGUGGUGCGAGUUACGGAUUCUAGGAGGAACUCCCGUUCCCCAUCUACAGUGUCUUCCAGUGGCACCAGGUCGAGUGAAAAGUCAUCCAAGGAAGGCGGGAGUCGUCUCGGGGAUCGUUCGUUUUCUGGGGAUGAACGUCGACGCGAUGAAAACGUGUAUCGAUCUGGUUCUGUUAGUGUGCUUCGACCACGCCCUGGUGAAGAGACAGGAAUGCAAAGCUCAUUACGAGUCAAAAGAGUUGGUAGAUUGACGGGUUCGUUUCUCAAUGGACCAGCCCGUCGUGGUAUGAUUAGGAGGCAGAGCGAGGAAGUUCAGCAGGAGGAGCCAGUACACGAAUCGCCGACUUCGAAUGUCAGUCCUCGGUUCAAUGGAGAAGAGCGUCAACAGCAACAACAUCAACAACAACCAAGAGAAUUCGAACCUCUCUGUAAUCGUGAGCAAUUUGUUGAAAAAUCUCAACAAUACCCCAGACCCUCAGAAAAUAUCAGUGGCUCACCGCUUCCCGUACAAGCGCCAAAACAACUUCCUGAUCCAGAGAUACCAGCCGACGACGCGUUUUUAAGAUCUAGCACGCCGAAACAGUCACAUUCAAAAUCGAGAUCUCCUCUAUCAUUAGAACUGAAGGGAUCAUCGCGAUCCACGAAAGAAGUACCAGCUUUCUAUCAAGUGCCUCCUUUCCCACCCAGGCCUGCCAGUCGAAAUCAAGAGAAUGACCCACCGCCAACCUUCAAAAGAUCCAAAUCCAAGGGCUUCGGCCUCCUUGAUAAGGCGGAAAAGUUCUCUGUUGUAUACGCUGAUGAGAAGGAGCCAGUUAAGCCGAUGCAAACAAUUCUUACUCCCCGUAGGCCUCUAGCCCCCAAGGAUAACAACACUCCCCAUAGACCGGCCCCACCCCCUCCAAAAAUGAGUGUUUUGGAAACAGCAACUGCACCCGCAGGAGCCAGCUCAUCCCAGGCUCGACGAAAACGUGUACAAGUUACCAUCAAUCGCAAGCCAUUUACCAGAUUAGACUGCAUCGGGCGAGGCGGUAGCUCCAGAGUAUAUCGUGUUAUGGCUGAGAAUUGUAAAAUAUUCGCACUAAAACGAGUCAAUUUGGAAGACGUUGACCCCAUUGCAAUGGCUGGGUACAAGGGAGAGAUCGAUUUGCUUAGGAGGCUCGAAAAUGUGGAUCGGGUGGUGCGACUUUUCGAUUAUGAGGUGAAUGAGGAGAAACAGGCGCUCAGCGUCCUGAUGGAAAUUGGCGAGUCAGAUCUUUACAGAAUCCUUACUCUUCGUCUCAAUGCGGAGGACGCGGUGUUUGACACUGCGUUUACGAGAUAUUACUGGAAAGAAAUGCUCGAGUGUGUUCAAGCCGUCCACGAGUUUGACAUUGUUCAUUCGGAUCUCAAACCUGCAAAUUUUGUCCUGGUCAAGGGAAGCCUCAAACUCAUUGACUUUGGCAUUGCAAAUAAGAUCCAAGAUGAUACCGUCAACGUCCACCGCGAGCAACAAAUCGGUACGCCAAACUACAUGGCUCCCGAGUCUCUGAUCGACAUCAACGCCACAGACGGCCUGCCAUCCACCGUUGGAAAGAUGAUGAAAGUCGGCAAACCGAGCGAUAUCUGGAGUCUAGGCUGCAUCCUUUACCAAAUGGUCUACGGCAAACCGCCCUUUGCACAUAUCACCAAGCCGCUCGAACGCAUAAUGGCCAUUCCAAAUCCCAACGUCAUUAUCGAAUACCCUGCUUACGGUGUUGGUGGUGUCCCUGUGCCGCCGGGACUCAUCAAGACGCUGAAACGCUGCCUGCAGCGGGAUCAAACUCUCCGACCGACGGUACAGGAAUUGUUGGCUCAGCGAGAUCCUUUUCUGUAUCCCGAAGCCAAUUUGGAGGGCGCCGUGCCCAUGACACAGGAGAUGUUGGGGAGGAUCUUGACGAAUGUUGUCAACCAUUGUAGGGCUAGAGGCCCGCCGAAGGAUGAAGAAUUGGCAGGGUGGCCUGCUGGGUUUUUUGGGAAGAUAAGAUCUGCACUUGAGGAGGAUGCGCUCUGA